CGCAGCUGCCAUGUACAAGCAGCUCGCCAGCUCAGCAGCCCCACUCAGCAACCCGUUCGCGUCUACCAUGUACACCGGAGGGGCUGCUGUCCUCGACGUUCGCGCGCGCGGCCUGAGCCUGCUGUCCCCGAGCCAGUCGGGCAGCCUGAUCGGCCUCGGCGUUCGCAGCCGCAACGCAGCAGUCAAGCAGUCGUGCAAGGAGAUCAUGGUCGGGACGUGGCAAUCCGGCGAGGCCACGGUCACCUUCGGAGAGGAGGUCUUCAGCUGGAUCACCGCGCGCGAGGUGCCGGGUGUCGGCUUCGUCUCUCUCAAGCUCAAGACGUCGAGCAUCAGCAGCGCAACCUUUGACAAGCGGAGCAACGUGCUCAAGAUCCGCGGUGUUGUGGAGGUGCCGCUGGACGCGCUCAACCGCUGGUACGACCCACUCUCCAACGUCGGCUCGCCAAAGGGCUACCUCUGCCUCGGCUUCAAGACGUAUCACGACUUUCUCGAGGUGCUCAAGGCGAUCCCGCGGCUCAAGGCGAGGACCAACUUCCAGAACGGCAAGCUCGGUGGCAGCAGCGCUUCGUACGCUGGAGCAAGCAGCGCGCCCGGCGCCGCCGCAGCUGCGCGAGCCUCCGCUGCUGCCCGGUACGAUGAGCGAGCUGCCACGAGCCGCGGCACUGCCACGAGCCGCGGUGGCGGCUCCAGCGCCGCAUCGCGGCAGCUCGCGGCGGCCAGCAGCGGGAAGCAGCCAGCGGCGCGCCCCCAGCCUCCGCUCCACAGCCACGGAGGGCGCCAGACCACCCUCUCCGACCUCCGCAGCGGCCCCACCCCGGGGCGGACGAACGCCCAGCAGCUCUUUGACCAAGCGACGGGCGGCGGCGGCGGCGACGACUUUGAGUCCGAUCGCCGUCCGCGCAGUCGUAGGGAGGGGCCCACCGGCGACGGCUGGAGCAUCAGCGAAGAGCCCGCCGUGCGCGCUCCGCCGGCGCAGCGGCGGCGGCUCAACAAGACCGCCGAGCUGGCCGGCGGCAGCCAGGAGACGGCGCACGACCUCGACGAGGACGACUCGCAGCAGCCACCUUCCAGCUCGCAGGAGGAGUCGUCACAGGUCGAGAUCACCGGCGUGCGUUCGCGCGAGGAGAAGGAUGCGGAGGGCCGCGCGAACGCGAUCGACGUCGACGGGCCGAGCGGCGAGGCGGGCGGCAGCGAGGCAGAGGCGCGGCCGGCGCAGCGGCCUCGCGUGGAGCGGAGCGUGCGCGAGCGGCUGGUUGAGCUCAAGAGCCUCCACGAGGAGGGGCUAAUCUCGGAGGCCAACUUCGAGGCGCGGCAGCGCGUGAUCCUCGACGACAUUGAAAAAGGAAAGAAAAAGCUGAGCCCUGGUGUCGAGGGCUCAGAGAAAAAGGACGGGAGAUAA